GGGCUAACCCUGCUCCUCGCUGAAGAUGGAGGAAGUAAAAACAGGAUUACCCUUAGCUACAGAUCCACUGCCUUAGUUUCCACCACCAACUGCAGUGCACAAACACACGUUAGGCACAGAAAAGAAAGAAAGAGAGAGAGGGAGAGGACACACUAACAGUAAACACAAACAAAAGGGUGAUGGGAUUAUUUUACUGCAUGCACUGCUGAGCCCGACAUUGUCACCUCCUCUUUGAGGGGUUAGAAGAAGCUGGGAUCUCCCGACAGAGCUGGAAAUGGUGAUGAAUGUUUUUUAAUCAAAGGACAAUUUCUUUUCACUGCACUUUGACUAUGGAAACAGACGCAAUUGAUGGCUACAUAACAUGUGACAAUGAGCUUUCACCUGAAGGGGAGCACGCCAAUAUGGCCAUUGACCUCACCUCAAGCACACCCAAUGGACAGCAUGCCUCGCCAAGUCACAUGACAAGCACAAAUUCUGUAAAGCUGGAAAUGCAGAGUGAUGAAGAGUGUGACAGGCAGCCCCUGAGCCGUGAGGAUGAGAUCAGGGGCCACGAUGAGGGGAGCAGCCUCGAAGAACCCCUAAUUGAGAGCAGCGAGGUGGCUGACAACAGGAAAGUCCAGGAUCUUCAAGGCGAGGGAGGAAUCCGGCUUCCGAAUGGUAAACUGAAAUGUGACGUCUGUGGCAUGGUUUGCAUUGGGCCCAAUGUCCUUAUGGUACAUAAAAGGAGCCACACUGGUGAGCGGCCCUUCCACUGUAACCAGUGUGGAGCUUCUUUUACCCAGAAGGGCAACCUUCUGAGACACAUAAAGUUACACUCGGGAGAGAAGCCGUUCAAAUGUCCUUUCUGUAGCUAUGCUUGUAGAAGAAGGGACGCCCUCACGGGACACCUCAGGACCCACUCUGUGGGUAAACCUCACAAGUGUAACUACUGUGGCCGAAGCUACAAGCAGCGCAGCUCACUGGAGGAACACAAGGAACGCUGUCACAACUAUCUCCAGAAUGUCAGCAUGGAGGCUGCUGGGCAGGUCAUGAGUCACCAUGUACCGCCUAUGGAAGAUUGUAAGGAACAAGAGCCUAUCAUGGACAACAAUAUUUCUCUGGUGCCUUUUGAGAGACCUGCUGUCAUAGAGAAGCUCACGGCAAAUAUGGGAAAGCGCAAAAGCUCCACUCCACAGAAGUUUGUGGGGGAAAAGCUCAUGCGAUUCGGCUACCCAGAUAUUCAUUUUGAUAUGAACUUAACGUACGAGAAGGAGGCUGAGCUAAUGCAGUCUCAUAUGAUGGACCAAGCCAUCAACAAUGCAAUCACCUACCUUGGAGCUGAGGCCCUUCACCCUCUGAUGCAGCACGCACCAAGCACAAUCGCCGAGGUGGCCCCAGUUAUAAGCUCAGCUUAUUCUCAGGUCUAUCAUCCAAACAGGAUAGAAAGACCCAUUAGCAGGGAAACAUCUGAUAGUCACGAAAACAACAUGGAUGGCCCCAUCUCUCUCAUCAGACCAAAGAGUCGACCCCAGGAAAGAGAGGCCUCGCCCAGCAAUAGCUGCCUCGAUUCUACUGACUCAGAAAGCAGCCAUGAUGACCGCCAGUCCUACCAAGGAAACCCUGCCUUAAAUCCCAAGAGGAAACAAAGCCCAGCUUACAUGAAGGAGGAUGUCAAGGCUUUGGAUGCUACCAAGGCCCCCAAGGGCUCUCUGAAGGACAUCUAUAAGGUUUUCAAUGGAGAAGGAGAACAGAUAAGGGCCUUCAAGUGUGAGCACUGCCGAGUCCUUUUCCUAGACCAUGUCAUGUACACCAUUCACAUGGGUUGUCAUGGCUACCGGGACCCACUGGAAUGCAACAUCUGUGGCUACAGAAGCCAGGACCGCUACGAGUUUUCAUCACACAUUGUUCGAGGGGAGCACACAUUCCACUAGGCCUUUUCAUUCCAAAGGGGACCCCUAUGAAGAACUGCACAUGAAGAAAUACUGCACUUACAGUCCCACCUUCCCUCAGAUGGUGACAGGCUUUCUUCUUAAUGCUGUCACUGUCUAUAAUUCUUAUUUUGUGGACAAUAUGUCAUUUGCUCUGUCUAAUUACAAUAAGGAAGAAACAAGAAAAAAGGGAUGGGAUGUUCACUGAUAACUUGGCUUGUUUAUUUCGUGAGCAUUUAAAGCAGUUCAUGGCGGCCAUGCAUCAUUGUUAAGGCCUAUUAUCAUGAUUUAGGAAAUCACUCAGUUCAUAGAGAUUCAUCUAAGAUAUUCUGAUUUGCCAUUCAUAUUCAGGAUUGUGAUGCAAGGAGGGAAAGUUGAGAGUUCUGGGUAGGUUUUUGGCAAUUUAAAAUGGUCUAAGUCAUUUUACUCUCAAAGAUGUUUCAAAAUGUAAACCCAUUUUAUUUUCUGUUCUUAGAGAUCAUGGAACACAAACAUAAUGUUAUUUUCCAUAACUACUAGGAUGAGUUGAAUUGUUGUGGGUUCUAUGUUUACCUCCCCUACGGAAUUUGUAAUUGAGUAUGUUUUACACUGUAUCAUAUAGCAAAACUUUUAAACUACAGGUAGUCAAGGGCCACUGUGAUACAUCUAAGGUCCUUUGAUCUUAUUUUUCUAAACUUGCGCACUGUUUUUCCAUAGUUUUGAUGACUGGCAUUUUAUAGACACCCUGGCAGCCUUACUUUUAACACCUGUAACAAAUAGUAUUUUUAUGUAGUUUUCAGAAUAACAUAUGGUCUCAAGAGUGGGUAAGAGGCAGUCAGUAAUUUCCAGGAAGAAUUCUGCUUUUCACAAUUUGUGAUUUUUUUUUUUUUAAGCUGUACUAGGAUGGCAGCCUAGUAUACACAUUUGCUUCUAAGGUGUGUUUACGAUCGUCACUUUAUCAGCAUUCAAUCAGUGUUAACAAGUCAGCAGAAAAGUGUAAUUAAGUGAACAGUAGGGGGAAUUCCCACUCUAAGAACCCUUUUCUGGUAUUUCUCUUCAAGCUGUGACCCCUCAGUGUUCUGUCCACAGUCCAUUCCUCUUUGACUCUUGGAAUAGAAGGUCUUAAAAAGCCUUGCUAGUGGCUGCUUCUUUUUAAAUCUUGGAGCAACUGUUAAUUGGACCCGAAAGUGAUAACUUGAACCCUGGAAUGUCAUUUAUUUACUAGGGCUAUUUAUUCCACUAUUUCUUCAGUAAUAAGAGUUACUACCUUUGCUGGAGACAAAAGGGAACUUCUUUGUUACCUGAAUAUCAUAGUGCAGGUCAAAAAAACAAGCAAAAAGUUUUCUUUCAGCCUUCCUGGAGUUGAGAAUGUUGACAGUCUUCAGGAGAAGGUCCUGCACUUUAAAAAUAAAAACAAAAAAUUCAACUCUACAGGUCCUUAUCAGAAAUGAAUUAGUCAAGAUUCUUCUGUCUUCUCCUAAUUUGCAUAUGGCAUAUACUUUCAUAUCUCAUGCUCAGGUUUUAAUUUGAUCUCUGUGAGUUCUCAGCUUUUUUUCUUUUUUCUUUUCUUUUUUCUUUUUCUUUUUUUCUGAAGUUCACUCACAUUGGUGGGUAGGAUUGGAACACACUGUUGUUAUCAAGGCAUUUAGGGGAAUCCAUUUGAUAGACAUAACUUGCUACUUGUGUUUGAGGAAAACAAGCCUGACCAUAACUGGAUUAUUUGACAGUCAUUUGUAAAUGCUGAAAGGUCUACUGUGUGGUAACACAUAGCUACUCCAACAGACCCUUGAAUGGCAUGCCAAAACCAUGUCACUGCAGUUUGCCUUGGGAAGUAUCAAGACUGGAGAAGUCCCCACCAAUGAGCAAUGUGCUCCUAGCUGGCUUUGCAGGUUUCUGUCUGUUCAUUUAAGGGACUCUUUAGCUCUCACAUAGCCAGAGCUAGGUAGUUUUGACUUUGAUUCUUAUCUUAGUUCUUUCUGGAGAAAUAUCCAAAUGGUUCCUUUACAUGUAAGAGAAUGAACCAAAACAGAGCUAUAUCACAUGCCAACUGUCAGGGUUUGGGGGUUUUGUUUUUGGAUCCCUUGGUACAUUGUUUACUUGGGGGUAAAACAUCUCAUCAGGCCUUCCUUAUCCCCACUUACCCUGUAUACUCUGGAAUCCCAGUGAAAAGGAUGUUUAUUUCUGAAUGACAUAAAGAAGUGUAAGGCUCAUGACUUUCUUGUUUUAACUGCAACUGAAGCAAGCAUCUGGAUGUCUGUCAGUGUGUCCCUUUUGGCUCUUUGUGAACACCUGCAGGCAUCUGCUAUCAACUCUUCUCUCUGCUCGCACCUACUGUGUUAACAAUCAUGUAUCUACCUGCCCUAGGAUGAGACUGAAAGAGUUGUGUCCUUCCCCUACAAAGGUGGUACCAAUGUGCUCUGCCUUUCUGAUUCCAUUUUAUUGAAAAACCUGAUUUAUUCAAAGGAGUGAACUUUAAGGGUUUAUUGACUGUACAUAUACACUUAGCAUCUUUUUUUUUUUUCAGCUGCAUGGCACAAGGUACAGAAAAAAAGUAGAUAGCUCUGAUGUGACAGGGACAAAUGGGGACAAGGUAAAUUCAAGAUUUGUGGGUUACAAUAAACUUUGUGGACAUA